AUGGCUCUGGCCAACGUCUUCCACUUCAAGGUGUAUGGGUACUUCGAGUAUUACAUGGGCUUCAUCAAAUGCGCCGUGGUGAUUCUCAUGAUCUGCUUCCUGUUUAUCAUGGCAUCUGGCGGGAUCCCCGCAGCGCAUGGCCCGCUGGUCUUCAGCUACUGGAAGAACCCAGGUGCAUUCAAUAACGGAAUCAAAGGUAUCGCGAAAAGCUUUGUCCAGGCCGCGUUCAGCUUCGGCGGGGGCGAGCAUAUCGCAGUCAUUGCCGGCGAAGUGGCGCCCCCGCGCAGCACGAUCCGCAAGACGGUGCGGCCGGUAUUCUGGCGCAUGUUCACUUUCUUCGUUGUCGAUAUCUGGCUCGUCGGCAUGGACGCUGGGUCCCCAUUCGUGAUCGCACUGAAACGCGCAGACGUCUGGGGUUUGGCGCAUGCGAUCAACGGGUUCAUCUUCCUGUCUGUGAUCAGCUGCGGCGUGACGAGCGUCUAUGUCGCAAGCCGGAGCCUCACGGCUCUGGCCGAUCUGGGCCUUGUCCAUAGGACCCUGGGGAAGAAGGACGCUACUGGACGGCCGUGGGUCGCGAUCGCCGUCAGCCUGGCCAUCGGCGUUGGUCUUCGCUAUUUGAACGUCGACGGCACUGGCAGUAUCGUCGCGAUUGUAACCCUCUUUCAAUGGGCGUCUAUCUACAUCGCACACCUCCGGUUCCGGACUGGUCUGCUUGCCCAAGGAAGGAACCUCGCUGAUCUCCCCUUGAAGGGCUUGCUUACGCCCUACGCGCAGUGCUUCAGUCUGCUGAUUGUGCUGUUCAUCUUCGGAUGCGAGUUCUACCUCGCCUGUUUCCCGUUUGGGGAGAAGGGGUCCGCCAAGAGCUUCUUCUCGACGUACCUAGCGGCGCCGCUGUUCUUCUUCGACUAUGGUGUCUACAAGUGGUGGUUCAAGACGAGGAUUGUCAAGCCGAGCGAGAUGGACUUCUCGGCCGCGGUAGUCUUUGAUAAUAUGGAGCAAGCAGAUAGAAUCGCUCUGGAAGAGAAGGCAAAGCAUGGCAAAAAAUCGUGGCUCAAAAGAGUGCAAUAUAUGAAUGAUCGACCAUCAGUUUUCUUGUGGGCAAGUAUCCACCCAGCUGCACCUACGCCCUAUGCACUUCUUUCACAAAAUGCUCAAUCAACAAUCUGGAAUAUAGGCGAAAAAGGCUAUCAUACUGACCGUCCUCGAUGCUCGGCCGACUUGCCAUUCUCCUACGGGCACGGACGUGGAAUGACGUACCCUUAG